CGUUCCCCAACAAACACAGAAAACUCGCCAAUGUCCCCUGCGGCUGCGGUGCCGCAAACAACAAAAGCUCUCGUCUCUGUCGUGCCGCCCAUCAUCACAUAUUCCCAUUCCCUCCACCCCCCCUUCCUCCAUUUCCCUUUCCCUCCCUCUGCUCCGUCCCCUCUCCACCCAAUCCGCACCCAGACGACCCUAGGACCACGCGCGCCGACGGCGAUGCGGUGGGACGCGGCGGAGGCAGUCCUCGAGCGGAUCUGGGACCUCCACGACCGCCUCAGCGAUGCCAUCCUCGCCGCCUCCCGCGCGCACCUCCUCCUCCCCCCUCCCCCUCCCCCUCCCGCGCCGCCAUCCGCACCCUCCGCCCGGGCCCACCGCGGCGGCAGGAACGGGUGCGUCUUCGUCAAGUGCGGCGGCGGCGGGGGAGAGCGGGGCGCGGCGCUGGCCGCGGCCGCGGAGGCGGUGGCCGAGGCCAGGAGCCUGUACGCCAUCCGCUCGGCCCUCGAGGAGCUCGAGGACCACCUCGAGUUCUUGCACACUCUUCAAUCACAACAGCAGGCUGAGCGGGAUGCUGCAAUUGCUAGACUGGAGCAAAGCCGUCUAGUCCUUGCUAUGAGAUUGGCUGAACAUCAGGGGAAAAAGUAUGGAGUCAUUGAUGAGGCCGUGGCAUUUGUGGCUGAAGUGAGUGACAAGAGUCGAUUUGUCUCACCGGAAGAUGUUCGCGCAACACAUAGCCAGUCAGGGGAUAAUGCGCAUGACAACAGGGUUAAUGGUUCAAGGAUCAUGGCAAACGUGUUAUCUUGCAGUUUGUCUUUAGCAAAGAAUUCAUUUCGACUUGACAAGAUAGGUGGUGCUUUGGGUAACGCUGCAGUAUUUGCAGUAAGUAUGCUUGCUUUCUUGCAGCUGCAUCAAAUUGCAUCUGGAAGUAAAGCUCCAGCCAUGGAAUACAGGAAGAGAAUUGAGUACAAUUUUCAAUCUGGGAGCUCACAACAGAAUGGCAAAGGAAAACAUCUUGAGGUGAACCUAGCCAGAGGCUGAGGAAUCAUCGGAUCACUUGCUGUUGGCUGUACAGAUAGUUUUGACCCAAUAUCAAUUUUCGUCAGUUUUGUUAGGGCAUUAAUUAUUCUUUAUGAUGGACUGGAUACUGGACCCUACUCCAGGCAACCAGAGCACUCACUAACUGUCCGAUUCUUUUGGAUAGAUUGGACUGCCUUCCAGGAUACCACGUAUUGUACCUCCCAAGUUGUAAAUGGAUUUGUCCUUAGGGAUGGAUUAUUUGGCUAGUUGUUUGUAAAUCGUGUCUUGUUCAAAAAAACUUGAACGGCCGUGUUCUGAAGGCGAGAAAGUCUUCCGCACCAUCCCGCCUCCACUCUGUCAUCAGUUUUGAUUAUAUUCCACGAGGACAGCUGCUGCUUGUUGUUCUCUUAAGAGGUGUGUUGAAGGUCCUUUGCUUGUGAAGUUUCGGUUUGUCGUGGCUGCUGCAGUACAAGUACAUGUGAUGCUUGUGCUUCUUUGCUUCUUUGCUUGAGAGGUGUGUUGAAGGUUCUUCUUUAAUGGAGUACAGAUUACUUUA